UUAAUUUUCCCAACUUCACCUAUUGCUAAUUAUGUUCUGACUAUCUUCUAACUCUAUUUUAUCUCUUUAUCAUUCCUCUACUUAUCCAAACACCCAUCCAGAGGUAGUGUGUGUGAUAAUCAUCAAUUCACCUUCCAACUUUAUUAUUUUUAUGUUUUACUUUCCAUUCCAAUUCAAUGGCUAGAACCCCGUUAUUAUUCACUUCAUUGUCAUUGCUUUUCACUCAGUUCCUAUUCACCCCAUUUGAUGCUGUUCUUGGUUCAAAAGGAUCACUAGAAUGCCUUAAAGUUUCUCAUGCCGAGUUCACUAACUCAGCUAAAGAAGUUGUUGGUGUCUUGAAAAGUGUUACAUCCAUUCUAAAUUCUGAGUUUGUUAGAAAUGGCGGAGGCUUUGUCGAUGAUCAUCGCCUUUCGAGCGCUGUUUCAGCGUGCCUUGAGUUGAUGGACUUGUCCUCCGAUGAGCUCAGCUGGGUUGUGUCCGUUUCUGAAAGUCCCAAAGGCAAGCAUAACGGCACUGGUAAUUUGAGCUCUGAUUUGAGGACAUGGCUAAGUGCUGUUCUUGCCAACACAGACACAUGCAUGGAAGGAUUAGAAGAAGGCACCACAAGCAGUGUCAAUAAUAUAAAGAAUGCAGUAACCGCUUCCAUCAACAAAGUGAACACAAUGGUCCAGGAUCUCCUAACACAGGUGCACCCUGUUUCGUAUAACAGGGUGAGCAAGAGCAAACUUGAGUUUCCUUCUUGGACCGAAUCAGAGGAUCUUGAGGGUAAAAAGUUGCUAAUGGCGGUGGAUGCCGUGGUGGCUUUGGAUGGGAGUGGGAACUACACACGUGUGAAGGAUGCUGUGGAAUCAGCGCCCGAGUAUAGCAUGAAACGUUAUGUGAUACACAUUAAGAAAGGUGUGUAUAGUGAGAAAGUUGAGAUCCAUAGCAAGAAGUGGAACCUUGUGAUGAUUGGAGAUGGAAUGGAGAAUACUGUUAUCACUGGUAACUCGAGUCGUUAUUUCCAUAAUAUCACCACAUACCGGACUGCAACCUUUGCUGUGGCAGGCAGAGGGUUUAUAGCACAAAACAUUUCCUUCCAUAACACUGCAGGGCCAAGAGGGAGCCAAGCAGUAGCUCUAAGAUCACAAUCCGAUCUCUCAGUCUUCUACCGCUGCGAAAUCUCCGGCUACCAAGACAGCCUCUACGCCCUCUUCCAGAACUGCACCAUACUUGCCAAGAAAGGCUUACCGGAACAAACCAACACCAUAACCGCUCAAGCCGCAAAGGACUCCACCUCACCCUCCGGCUUCUCCAUCCAAUUCAGCAACAUCUCUGCACAUUCUGAACUUCUACCUUUCUUGAACUGCACAAGAACGUACCUUGGGAGACCAUGGAAGGCAUAUUCGAGAACGGUUUUCAUGCAAUCUUACAUGAGCGAGAUGGUGAGCCCGCAAGGGUGGAAAGAAUGGAAUGACACGUUGUAUUUGGACACACUUUACUAUGGUGAGUUCAUGAAUUAUGGGCCUGGAUCUGGGCUUUCUGAGAGAGUGAAGUGGCCUGGGUAUCAUGUUAUCAAUGACUAUGAUGAAGCUAGUAACUUCACGGUGGCCCAAUUUAUUCUGGGGGAUCUAUGGUUGCCAUCAACGGGUGUGAAUUAUGCAUCUCGUUUCACUAAAUAGUAAAUACUAAAACGUUCCAUAUGUACUUAGUCAAGUGGAUCGUUACUUUAUCAAAAUCCAAAAAUAAAAAAAGGUUAUUAUUUUA